AAUCAAAGUCCCCAACCGAUGCAGCUAUAGAAGUAGGAAGAGUUGAAGAUCUAUCCGUGUGGAGAAGAAGAAAACAGAGCUGUACAUAUUCGGAAACCUACAUACAGAAAUUGUGAAGCAUUAUGGGUGGGCAGGUGUCAGUUGACGAGAGUGUUCAUGUGGUGAUUGUCGGUGGUGGUUUUGGCGGCAUUGCAGCAGCUCAACACCUUAAACAUUACGGUGUGCCCUUCAUGCUUAUUGACGUCCUGGAUGCGUUUCAUCACAACGUUGCAGCUCUGCGUGCCUCAGUGCAAACUGGUUUUGCUAGAAAGACGUUCAUACCAUACAAAGAGACAUUUGGGCUGAAUUUCCUCCAAGGCCGUGUCAUACGGAUAGACACAGAAACGCAGACAGUUGUGCUUGAUAAUGGAAAGGAAGUUCGUUAUUCCCACCUUAUUCUCUGCACUGGAACAACUGGAUCCUUCCCAAGCAAACACAAUUCUGUGGACACCUACAAAUCAGCCAUACAGAAGUAUGAGGACUUCUUCCAUGUGAUCAAGGAAGCAAACGCCAUUGUAGUUGUUGGUGGUGGAACCACUGGUGUUGAAAUGGCAGCUGAGAUCAAGACAGAAUUUCACGACAAGAAGGUGGUUCUGAUUCACCCGCGGGAGGAGGUGGCUGAUCCUGAACUCCUGCCUUGUGUCAAAGAACAAGCCAAGCAGGUGCUGCUGGAAAAGGGGGUGGAGCUAUUGCUAGGGCAGAAAGUGUCAAACCUUGAAGAGCUGGAACUGAAUGUGUGUCGGAGCGGCAUGGUGGUCAAGACCAAUAAGAAUGAACAGGUCACCACAGAUCUUGUCAUUUGCUGUACAGGGAGUAAGAUCAACUCUGAAGCAUACAGGUCCAGCAUGAGUUCAUGUCUGGCAGAGAACGGUGCUCUGAAGGUGAACAAGCACUUGCAAGUGGAAGGUUUUGACAAUGUGUAUGCUGUGGGCGAUUGUGCCAACCUCAGUGAACCCAAGAUGGCAUAUCAUGCUGGACUUCAUGCUGGAGUAGCUGCCACUAAUAUCAUAAACAGCCUGUCAGGAAAGGCUUUGACUUCAUACAAAACAGGUAAUGUGACUAUGCUGAUUGCGAUGGGCAAAGAUGCCGGAGUGGGCCAGUUUAACGGUUAUAAACUACCUCGAUUUCUGGUCACCAAGGGUAAAAGUGAAGGCUUGCUGCUGUGGAAGAGCUGGAGGGAAAUGGGACAAAAAGCCCCAAACUAAUAGAAGGUUACCUAACAAUGUUUACAUCAUACUCACAAUGUGUGAACUACGGUUGCACGCUCUUCCAUUUAACAUGCCUUGAUUUAUGAAUUAUUUAAGCUCUUUUAUCGUUGUCUUAAAUUGAAUUAGACCAGCAGAAGGAUGCUUUUUUCUUAUGAAAAAUAACCUAACAUAAUAUAUACUAUAUAUAUUCUACAUAACAUCAUUGUUUGUAUCGUUUUUGAGAACAAUCAUGUGUACCAUUUUAAACAUUUAUACAGUUGUUGAUGGAAUAAAUGUAUUUACAUUUAUAA